CCAUAAAGCCCAGAACAGUAACAAAUCACCACCGAACUCUACAACACCAUAGCCAACAUUUACAUCAUCUAUCUACUUCCUUUCAUUCCUCAAUUUCCAUGGCUUCACCAGCUCAACGACGUCGUACUCGAGCUAUAAAACCCAUUUGUCGGCCCCCAUUACCGUCUCCAGAUUCAGAUGAAGAAUCAAAUUUUGAUUACGAAGAAGUACACUGCGAGGAAUGUGGAUCUGGGGAUAAUGCUUCUGAUUUGUUGCUUUGCGAUGGUUGUGAUCAUGGUUAUCAUUUGUAUUGCCUUAAACCUAUUCUCGUUUCCGUUCCUAAAGGUUCCUGGUUUUGCCCAGUUUGUUCUGGUGCCAAAAAGCUCAAAAAAUUCCCACUAGUUCAGACUAAAAUUGUUGAUUUCUUCAGAAUCCAAAAGCCACCUGAAGAAGUUGGAAAGCAAAUGGCAGAUACUCAUAAGAGAAAGAGACGAUCAAGCUUUGUGGUUUCAAAAAAGAGUAGAAAAUUGUUGCCCUUCAAUCCAACUAAGGAUCCUGAAAGGAGAUUAGAGCAGAUGGCAUCUUUAGCCACCGCAUUGAUAGCAACUGGGACGGAGUUCAGUAACGAGCUCACUUAUGUUCCUGGCAUGGCUCCUAGAUCAGCAAACGCUGCUGCCCUUGAGAAUGGGGGAAUGCAGGUCAUGUCAAAGGAAGAUGUUGAAACAUUAACUUUGUGCAAGAAGAAGAUGGAAAGAGGGGAAUGGCCUCCCCUUCUAGUUGUCUUUGAUCCUAAAGAAGGGUUCACAGUACAGGCAGAUAGACAUAUCAGGGAUUUGACAAUCAUCACAGAAUAUGUAGGAGACGUUGAUUACCUCCACAACCGAGAAAACGAUGAUGGGGAUAGCAUGAUGACAUUGCUUUCAGCUUGUAAACCUUCACAAAGCCUUGUUGUAUGUCCGGACAGACGCAGCAACAUUGCUCGCUUUAUCAAUGGCAUUAACAACUAUACUCCGGAAGGGAGGAAGAAGCAGAAUCUGAAGUGUGUAAGAUAUGAUGUAGGUGGAGAAUGCAGAGUUUUGCUAAUUGCAAAUAGAGAUAUACGUAACGGAGAAAGACUGUAUUAUGAUUAUAACGGGCUUGAGAAUGAAUACCCAACCAAGCAUUUUGUAUAGCCUUUCCCUUUAUAAGAUGAACCUUUCUUCAAUAUGAUGCGUAAAUGUAAAUUGAGUCGUCAAAUCUAUGUUAUUCGAACUCUCAUGUCGAUA